GUGAAGCCGUCCCGAGCGGAGAGCGGUGCGGAGCUGCCCGCGGCGCCAUGCGGCGCGCCAGCCGAGACUACACCAAGUACUUGCGCGGCUCGGAGGAGCUGGGCAGCGGCGGCGCCGCCCACGACAGCGCCCCGCCGCCGCCGCCGCCGCCGCUGCCGCCGGCCCACCCGCACCCGCCGGCCGCCUCCCGCUCCCUCCUCGCCGCCCUCGUCCUCCUGGGGCUGGGGCAGGUGGUCUGCAGCGUCGCCCUCUUCCUCUACUUCCGAGCUCAGAUGGACCCUACUAGAAUUUCAAAAGAACACGCACACUGUGUCAGAACACUUUUUGGACAUCAAGAAAAUACAGAUUUGCAUGAUACAUCCUUUGAAAAUCAAGAAGCAAAGUUAAUGCCAGAAUCAUGUAGAAGCAUGAAACAGGCUCUCCAAAGAGCUGUGCAGAAGGAAGUCCAACGUGUCAUGGGAAGAGCACCACCAAGACCAGAAAAAGCUGCAAUGGAAGCAUUAGGAAUGGAUCUGUACAAGAGAAACAAACCCGAGAAGCAGCCAUUUGCCCAUCUCAUUAUUGAUGAUAAGAAUAUUCCAUCUGGAACUCGCAAAGUGAACCUCACGUCCUGGCAUCAUGACAAAGGCCAGGCAAACUUAUCAAAUAUGACAUUCAAUGAUGGAAAGCUAAUUGUUAAUCAAGAUGGUUUUUACUACCUUUAUGCCAACAUUUGUUUUAGACAUCAUGAAACUUCGGGAAACCUGACUAAAAGAGGGCUUCAGCUGAUGGUAUAUAUGACUAAGACAAACCUUAAAAUAAGGCGCUCUGAUGUGUUGAUGAAGGGAGGAAGCACCAAAUACUGGUCAGGGAAUUCAGAAUUUCAUUUUUAUUCUGUAAAUGUAGGAGGGUUUUUUAAAUUAAAAUCUGGUGAAAUGAUAAGUAUCCAGGUAUCAAACCCAUUGCUACUGGAUUCAUCACAAGAAGCAACUUACUUCGGGGCGUUUAAAGUAAGGGAUUUAGACUGAAUCUUCUAGUGUGCUGAAAAUUGUUUGAGUUUUUAGUGGUCCAGAAACAACUUGAAGACAGAACUGAAAUCUUUUGCAACCCAAUUGCAUCUGUAUAAGCCAUGUAUCUCUAAAGACACGUUUUGGCCCUGUGCUGACUCCAGCGGGAGUCCCGCAAAUGCGUAGAAGGGCAAAAGUACAUAGUUCUCCUGAUUCAGUCUUGUAGCAGUUUUACUUCCUAUGUCUCCACUGGCUUCAGUAGAGUCAUUAUAACUUUUACAUUGGUGUAGUUGAAGUCAGAGCAAUUAGCACUAUUGAACUUCUGUUUCCAAGUUCUGCCCUGACUUUUUAACUUGUGCUACUCUGUUUAGUUUUGGCACAAACAUAGGGCAGGACAGAACUUGGCUCCCAACUUGCGUUUAGGGCUCAGUUAUGCUUGGGGUUGAGCGUUCUGACCCUGAGACAGCAAAGAUUAUGAAAGUAUGACUAAUCCCAUUGCAUUUGAUGUGGCUUUUCACAUGCUUAAGUUAAGCCUGUUCUUGCUUUGCUGGAUUAGGGUUGGAGAGCUCAGGCUGUGGCAGAAAUGAGUUGCAGAACACCUAAACAGUUCAACUUAAUUUUUUACCCGAUUAAAAGGGCUAUUCCAGGAAGAAGGGAGAUCAUCUGGCCUUGCAGUUCCAAAAGGUUAAUUACAGGUCAUUAUUAUUAUUGUUGCACAGUUAAUUGCAAAUAUAGAUUGCCAAAAUACAGUGUGCCUUUAAAGUAUUACAUUGUGCCAGAACCUGCAAAGACAUUUUUUUAGACAAAAAGUAUGUAUUUUUAUAUUCUGUAAUAUCUAAAGUUAUAUUUCAGGUGUAAUGUUUUGUGUAAAAAAAAAAAAAAUAAUGUAAAUUAUAUUGUCCUAUAGUAUUUGAUACGAAAUAUUUAAAAUCUCUUGCUGUUUGUAUAUUUAAUGUUUUAAACUGUUUUUAAUGUACAGACAUGUUAAACUGGUGCACUUUUUAAUCCCAAUGGGAAAAAUUGCAGCUAAAAGAGGUUGUUUGCAAUUAGCAAAUGUAAUAUAUAUCUUUGUUCUUUUUAACUUAAUAGAUUCCUGUUAAACUUGUCAGUAUUGUUGGGAGGGGGGGAAUCACACCAAUGUCAUGAAUAAUUACACCAGAAUGCUGGUCACUGGGUGCCUUUCAAACGUGGAGGGUAAUUGACAUUAUAAAGCUGGCAUUACCAAAAAAAACCCUAAUAAAAUUAAUACAUAAUAACCCACAGAAAUAUAUUAGGGGUAUUUAUAGUUACUGAACAGGCAUAUUUUCCUACAACAAAAUCUGCAAGUUGUAAAUUCUGCAAUCGAGUAAUGACUUUUUAGCUUAGUUUCCUGAAAAAGUGAAGCUUAUGUCAUUGCAUUGCCUGUCCUUGCCUCCCCUUCUAGCUUUUAAAGCUGCACUCUCCUUGCCAGGUUUGGUAGAUGAUCGGCAGUGUUGAGAUAUUCAUAGAGGUUUUAUGAGAACAGACAGCUGAGAACAACUCAGCCGUUAUACAUUAUUUGUCAGUGGCUGGCCACUGUUCAUAUUAGCCAACAAAUUAAUAUGGGGAGGCUCCUAGCUAGCUGCAACGUGUGUUGUCGCUUGUGUAGUUGCUUGGCCAAAAGAGGUAGGAGGAUGUAAUCUG